AUGGAUAAAAAGAAAAAAGUCAGAAAGAAUAAACAAAAAAAGAAAGAUGAAAAGGAUGAAUUUUAUGUUUAUCCAACUGAAUCCGAGAAUGAAAACGAAGAAAUUUUUGAAAAUGAAUCUGAAGAAAAUGAUGAAGACGAUGCUGAAGAACAACCAAUCACCUUACUUAAAGCUGCAACAGACUGGAUUGAUCAAGAGAAUCAAGAAAAUGUUCAAAACAGCCCAAUUAAAACCAAUGAAACUGAGAAAACACAAACAGAAAGUGGAGGAUCAUGGGGGCAAUUCUUCAUUAAACCAUCAAUAGGAAAUAAAGAUAAAAUGUGGGUAGACAGUCAAAGCCGACUGCGUAAUUUCAUGCCAUCACAAAAUCAAAGUGAAGGUCUUUCUGACAUUCAUUCAACAAAAAGUGGCGAUGAAAAUAUGAAGAACAUUGAAGAUAAAAAAUCAUAUGAAGAAUAUCUUGUGAUUGUUUUGGAUGAUCAUUUAAAAGGAUUUGAAGAAAUUUUCGAAAACAUCCAAUCACGCAUAGAUGAGAUUGUCGAAGAAUAUCCAAACAGUGAAGCUCUUCAUAACAAAGUAAACGAAUGGGUGUCAUUGAUUGAAAAAUUCAACCAUCAAGCAAGAAAGCACAAGAAAGUUAAUAUUGAUUCAACUAUGAUGGAAACACCAUCAAGAUUUCUAAAUUUGAGCCAAAAUGAAGACACUGAAAAUCAAAUCAUUUCAACUCCAUUGAUGAUAAAACGCAAUGAUGAUGAUGCAAAACACAAUGAGGAUAACACAGCUGUAGUCCAGUCCUCCAAUCCAGAAAAAAUCAGUGACAACGACCCUGCAUCUAUUCUGCAAACACACAUUGAAAAACCUUCAAUGGAACAAUCAUCAUUUAGCGAAGAAACUCCAUCAUUAAUGUUGGAGAUGAUAAAAAAGACAGAUGAAGAAGAAAAAAAUCAAAUCAAAAGAAAAUUCAAGAUAAUGAGAAUUGAAGAACAGGAUACUGAAAAGGAAAUCAGUGAUCUAAUUCAAAACACAUCAUUCCUCAACCCACAAGAAGAUCCGUAUAAAACACCUGCAAAAUCAGUUCAUCAAGAACAACCAACAACUGAUAUAAGCAAAACAGAAGAAAUAAUCACAAGGAUGGUACGACCUGAUCGAGAGAAAAAUGUACCAGAAGUAUUUUGUUCACCGUACUAUCUAAGACAAGUAGCAAUGAAGGAAGCAAGAACGGCACACGAAAACAACAUAUCGGGAUAUGCUUUCCAUGCAGAAGGAGAAAUGAUGGAUACUCUCUUUGAAAUUAAACAUCAUGUAUUUCUAUAUAGAUAUGCUGCUGAAACAAUGAGGCCAGGAUUGGAAAUCACCGGAGAAGCUUUACCAUCAAGUGAUAAGGAAGAAACUGAAAAUAAAGAAAAGAUGAUAGAAGCAUUCACAAUGAACAUAGAAAAAAUUCUUCAAGGUGCAAAGCUAAAAAGCAUAAAGGAUUUUAAAAUUAUCCUUGUCCCGAUUCUCUAUUCACAGCAUUUCUUUGUGAUCUCCUUCAAUCUUGAAGAGAAACAAAUAUUCAUCAUUGACAACAGUGCGAAAGAAGAAACAAAUGAAGCUAAAUAUGGGAAUGUGCCUGAAAAUACAAGGAAUGCUUUGGCAGCUUACCUUAAAUCUGUUGGACAUGAAAAAGCAGAUGAUAUAAAGGGAAUAACCCCUGUUAGAAUGCAGAUGAAAUGGAGGACACAAUAUAAUGGCAUUGACUGUGGUAUAUUCACUAUGCGUCAUAUGGAAUGUUAUCAUGGAGCACCGGUCGAAAAAUGGGAUUGUGGGUUUAACGUGGAAUAUGAAGAACCUGCAAUUAUCAAGAAGGGUAAAAACAAAAAAACCAGUCAACAAGCAGACCGCACAACUUGA